AUGGCGGACAAACUGGCUACGCAGCCUCCAAAGACGACAUACUACGAGCUCAGUUAUCCUGCCCCGUAUGUCAUGCUCGUCACCAUCAACCGCGAAGCGGCAAUGAAUGCCAUACCGAUGGCCGGCCACUGGGACGGCAUGCGACUCUGGGCAUGGUUCGACGAGGAGCCCGGGCUGCGGGUGGCCGUCGUCACGGGCAAGGGCAAAAAGGCGUUUUGCUGCGGAGCAGACCUCAAGGAGCAGUUUGAGAAGAAGAGCUCGUCGGCAGAGGCGCCCCAGGUGACGCCGUUCCCGCCUGGAUCCUUUAUGGGACUAAGCACGCGCGUCGGCAAGAAACCAGUCAUUGCAGCCGUCAACGGCUUUGCCCUGGGCGGUGGGUUUGAGAUUGCGUUGAACUGUGACUUGGUGGUUGCAUCGCCCUCUGCCACCUUUGGUCUACCAGAGGCAAAGAGAGGGCUGUGGGCGGCCGCCGGAGGCAUCCCCCGCGUCGUCCGGACGUUUGGCAUGCAAAAGGCCUCGGAGAUUGUACUGGCCGGGCGAACGCUGACAGCAGAAGAGGCCAAAGACCUGGGCUUCUGCCGAGUGUCCGCCUCUCCCGAUUCUCUCCUGGACGAGGCCGUGACGCUUGCCAAGGAGGUGGCCGACAUGUCGCCCGACGCCGUCGUGGUGAGCCGGGCUGGGCUCCGCGAGACCUGGGAGACGGCCAGCGUGGACCGAUCGGCCCAGCUCGUGAGCGACAGAUACGCCAAGGGCAUCCUGGAAGGCGAGAACCUGCGGAUCGGGUUGACGGCCUUUGUGACCAAGUCUAAGCCAGAGUGGGUACCGUCCAAGCUAUGA